AUGAACAAGUAUACUGAUAUAGCUCGGAUCAAAGAUUUCCCACAAGACCAGUUUGACGAUAGAAAUAUUCCUAUAGAGCAGAUUACACAACAGAUGGCCCAUAGGAUGCAUAUGGCAGUCCAGUGGUUGUCAACCUUCUUGGGGCCUGUAUUUGCUCUUUUUGUUCCAUUUUAUUCCUCCAUUCCAAGAGUACAAGUGACACAAAUUCUAGGACAAUUUUCCAUCACAAACAAGACGCUGGUUUAUAUAUUGGGUUUGCAGCUUUUAACCUCUGGGUCUUACAUCUGGAUUGUAGCUUUAAGUGGCCUGAUUUCUGGAAUGUGCUACAGUAGUAGUCUUUUAAAAGUGUACCACAUACUUUCUGUGCCCUCUGGCAUAGCAAGGAUAUUUGCUCAAACUCUUGAACCAAUUUUCUCAUCGGCGGAGCCCUCUAAUGAAUUUGGAGUUGGAAUGGGAGCAACUAUUGAUAUACAGAGGCAACAGCGGAUGGAGCUACUUGAUCGACAGAUCUUGAUCUCUCAGGUUGCUCAGAUGAGGCGACAAAGACAAGGUGGAAUGGUUAAUUGGAAUCGUUUCUUUCCUCCUUUACGUCACCGACCUAAUGCAAAUUAUUUGGAUAAUCACCCAACUGUGCAUGAGGGACAGCCUCCAGCUCAAGUUUCUGAAGAACAGGUUGCCCGGCUCAUGGAAAUGGGAUUUUCUCGAGUAGAUGCUUUGGAAGCUUUGAGAGCUUCUAAUAAUGAUCUUAAUGUAGCCACCAACUUUUUGCUGCAGCACUGAUGAAUUGAAUACCUGCAGGGAAGAACUUAAAUUGACGUGUGUCAUGUGCUUUCCAGAGGGCUGUAAACAACUACAGGGUGGACAUUGAAUGUUUAAAUCAAGAAAAGAGAAGCUGCCUCUUCACAUGCAAUAUAUUACUGCAGAAAAGAUGGCUGGCACUGGAAAUAUCUUUCCCUUGAAUGGAGUAUACUAGCCAGGUUGCACUGGAAAAGUGUUUGCAAUCAUCAACAUAUGUUAUAUAUCAAUAUUUAUUUUGCAAAACCGGGUUUAUGUGUUGCCCCCAACCCCAAAAUCAGCAUGAAAUGUUUGAUCAUUUCUGAUAACAAAGAAAUAAGAAUUUUUCUUCUUAAAAUAACUCUGUUUGCCAAAAAAAAUAUUUUGUUUAUAGAUGGCCAACAAAGCAGCAUUUUAUUUUCUUAUUUUUUAAAAAAUACUACAUUUCAUUCAUCUGCUUUAUCAAAGCUUCAAGAAAUGUGCAAAAUUCCUUGGCUGUGUAAUUUCAAUAAAGGGAGAAAGGACUGAAA